UCGGGGGCGGGGCGCGCUGGGGGCGGGUCCUGCGGCACCGCCCGGGAAGCAGCGCGAGGCUGCCGGCCGCCGCCACAUCCUCCUCCUCCGGGUCCGAGCGAGCGGAGCUGGGGCAGGGCCGAGCCGAGGGUCCGAGGGCGCGGGCGGAGCAGGGCACGGAGCCAUGGCGCACCAGACGGGCAUCCACGCCACUGAGGAGCUGAAGGAAUUCUUUGCCAAGGCCCGGGCUGGCUCCGUCCGGCUCAUCAAAGUCGUCAUCGAGGACGAGCAGCUUGUGCUGGGGGCCUCGCGGGAGCCGGUGGGCAGCUGGGACAGAGACUAUGACCGGGCUGUGCUGCCGCUGCUGGACCCCCAGCAGCCCUGCUAUCUGCUCUUCCGCCUGGACUCCAGGAAUGCCCAGGGCUUCGAGUGGCUCUUCCUCGCCUGGUCGCCUGAUAACUCCCCUGUGCGACUGAAGAUGCUGUACGCGGCCACACGGGCCACGGUGAAGAAGGAGUUUGGGGGCGGCCACAUCAAGGAUGAGCUCUUUGGGACUGUGAAGGACGACCUCUCCUUUGCGGGCUACCAGAAACACCUGUCGUCCUGCGCGGCGCCCGCCCCGCUCACCUCCGCCGAGCGAGAGCUGCAGCAGAUUCGCAUCAACGAGGUGAACACGGAGAUCAGCGUGGAGAGCAAACACCAGACCCUGCAGGGCCUCGCCUUCCCUCUACAGCCCGCGGCCCAGCGCGCCCUGCAGCAGCUGCAGCAGAGAGCCGUCAACUACGUCCAGCUGAAACUGGACCUGGAGCGGGAGACGAUUGAGCUGGUACACACAGAGCCCACAGAAGUGGCCCAGCUGCCCUCGCGGAUCCCCCGAGAUGCUGCCCGCUACCACUUCUUCCUCUACAAGCACACACACGAGGGUGAUUCCCUCGAGUCUGUGGUGUUCAUCUACUCCAUGCCCGGGUACAAGUGCAGCAUCCGGGAGCGCAUGCUCUACUCCAGCUGUAAGAGCCGCCUCCUCGACUCUGUGGAGCAGGACUUCCAGCUGGAGAUCUCCAAGAAGGGUCCCCGCUGGAGCGCCCGGCUCCCCUUCUCUCUCCUGGUGCAGGCCGUCACCCUGGCCGAGGCCCUGGCCCUGGGUACACUGCCCGCCUUCUUGCCCUGCGAGCUGCAGGCCCCGGGCAGAGUCAACUGUGACUGGCUCUUCCUGACAUCCGUGCCCCACUUCUCAGUGGCGGUCCGGGCCAACGUCACCAGCCUGUCCCUGCGUUCCAACCGGAUCCACCACCUCCAUGACGCCGACUUCGCCCACCUGUCCAGCCUGCGGCGCCUGGACCUCAAGUGGAACUGCCCGCCGGUGGGCCUCAGCCCCCUGCACUUCCCCUGCCGCAUGACCGUCGAGCCCCACACCUUCCUGCGCGUGCCCACUCUGGAGGAGCUGAACCUGAGCUACAACGGCCUCACCCACGUGCCCGCUCUGCCCCGCUCGCUCGUCACCCUGUCCCUGAGCCGCACCAACAUCCUGGUGCUCGACCCCGCGAGCCUCACGGGGCUGCCCGCCCUGCGCUCCCUCUACAUGGACGGCAACUGCUACUACAAGAACCCCUGCCGGCAGGCAGUGGUGGUGCCCCCGGGUGCCCUCUUGGGCCUGGGCAACCUCACCUACCUGUCCCUCAAGUACAACAACCUCACCAGGGUGCCCCGCGACCUGCCACCCAGCCUGGAGUCCCUGCUGCUGUCCUACAACCACAUCGUCGCCCUGGGGCCCGAGGACCUGGCCAACCUGACCUCCCUGCAGGUGCUGGACAUGGGGGGCAACUGCCGGCGCUGUGACCACGCCCGCAACCCCUGCACCGAGUGCCCCAGGGGCUUCCCGCGUCUGCACCCCGACGCUUUCGUCCACCUGCGCAACCUCCGCGGGCUGGUGCUGAAGGACAGCUCUCUCUUUAGCCUGGACGGGCGCUGGUUCCGGAACCUGCCCCACCUGGCCGUGCUAGACCUGAGCGAGAACUUCCUGUACGACUGCAUCACCAAAACCACGGCCUUCGAGAGCCUGCGCCAGCUGCGCAAGCUCAACCUGUCCUUCAACUACCACAAGAAGGUGUCCUUUGCCCGCCUGCACCUGGCCCCGUCCUUCGGGAAGCUGGUGGCCCUGCGGGAGCUCGACAUGCACGGCAUCUUCUUCCGCCUGCUCAACAGCGAGACGCUGCGGCCGCUCAGGGGCCUGCCCCAGCUCCAGCGCCUGCGCCUGCAGAUGAAUUUCAUCAAUUGGGCCCAGCUCCCCAUCUUCGGCACCUUCCAGGGUCUGCGCUUCGUGGACCUCUCCGACAACCGCAUCAGCGGAGCGGCGGUCCCCACCGGCAACUCAGGGGGCCGGGAGCUGCUUCGGCCGCCCCCCAGGGCUCCGGCGCCAGGCCGCCAGCCCCUGCUCCACGCCGGGCAGCAGUUCAUGCCCAGCUGCCAAAGCUUGAACUUCACUCUGGACCUGUCCCGCAACAACCUGGUGAGCAUCCAGCCCGAGAUGUUCGCGCAGCUCUCGCGCCUGCAGUGUCUGCACCUGAGCAGCAACAGCAUCGCGCAGGCCGUCAAUGGCUCGCAGUUCACCCCGCUGAGCAGCCUGCGGGUGCUCGACCUGUCCCACAACAAGCUGGACCUGUACCACGGGCGCUCGUUCACGGAGCUGCCGCGGCUGGAGGCGCUCGACCUCAGCUACAACAGCCAGCCCUUCAGCAUGCAGGGCAUCGGCCACAACCUCAGCUUCGUGGCCCGGCUGAAGGCCCUGCGCCACCUCAGCCUGGCGCACAACAACAUCGACAGUCGCGUGUCCCAGCAGCUCCGCAGCGACUCGCUCGUGGCCCUGGACUUCAGUGGGAACGACCUCAACCGCAUGUGGGCCGAGGGAGACCUCUAUCUCCGGUUCUUCCAGGAACUGACGGUCCUGCAGCUGCUGGACCUGUCCCAGAACCGCCUGCACACCCUUCUGCCUCGCAGCCUGGAAAACCUUCCCAAGAGCCUGCAGGUGCUGCGCCUCCGAGACAACUUCCUGGCCUUCUUUAACUGGAGCAGCCUGGCCUUCCUCCCCGAGCUGGUCGCGCUGGACCUGGCGGGAAACCAGCUGAAGGCCCUGGCCAACGGCAGCCUGCCCAACGGCACCCGGCUGCAGGCACUGGACCUGAGCAGCAACAGCAUCACCUUCGUGACGCCUGGCUUCUUCGCUCCGGCCAAGGGGCUGCGAGAGGUCAACCUCAGCGACAACGCCCUCAAGACGGUGGAGCCCUCGUGGUUCGGCACCGUGGCCGUGGGCCUGGAAAGCUUGGACGUGAGCGCCAACCCUCUGCACUGCGCCUGCGGUGUGCCCUUCGUGGACUUCCUGCUGGAGGUGCAGGCUGCCGUGCCCGGCCUGCCCAGCCGGGUCAGGUGUGGCAGUCCCCGGCAGCUGCAGGGACGCAGCAUCUUCACGCAGGACCUGCGCCUCUGCCUGGACGAGACCCUCUCCUGGGACUGCUUCGGCCUCUCGCUGCUGGCCCUGCUGCUGGGCCUGGCCUUGCCCCUGCUGCACCACCUCUGCGGCUGGGACCUCUGGUACUGCUUCCACCUGGGCCUGGCCUGGCUGCCCCGGCGGGGGUGGCGGUGCGGCGCCGGGGCCCUGCCCUACGAUGCCUUUGUGGUCUUUGACAAAGCGCAGCCCGCCGUGGCCGACUGGGUGUACAACGAGCUGCGGGUGCGGCUGGAGGAGCGCCGGGGCCGCCGGGCGCUGCGCCUGUGUCUGGAGGAGCGGGACUGGCUCCCCGGCAAGACCCUCUUUGAGAACAUGUGGGACUCGGUCUACAGGAGCCGCAAGACGGUGUUCGUGCUGGCACACACCGACCAGGUCAGCGGCCUGGUGCGCGCCAGCUUCCUGCUGGCCCAGCAGCGCCUGCUGGAUGACCGCAAGGACGUGGUGGUGCUGGUGAUCCUCAGCCCCGACGGCUACCGCUCCCGCUACGUGCGGCUGCGCCAGCGCCUCUGCCGCCAGAGCGUCCUCCUCUGGCCCCACCAGCCCAGUGGCCAGGUCAGCUUCUGGACCCAGCUGGCUGUGGCCCUGACCAGGGACAACCGCCACUUCUACAACCGGAACUUCUGCAGGGGCCCCACCACAGCCUGAGAUCCCAGGGUGGGGCG